AUGGCUGGUCCACUUUUCCUUGGAUUUGACUUGAGUACGCAACAACUAAAGGCGCUAGCUAUUGACAGUGACCUAAAUGUUGCGACGGAAGCUUCCGUCCAGUUCGAUAAUGACCUUCCAGAGUUCAAAACGCAAGGCGGAGUUCAUAAACAAGAGGAUAGCCUUACUGUUACCGCCCCGACGUCGCUGUGGGUGAAGGCGUUUGAUCUUGUCUUGCAAAGACUGAAAGAAAAAGGCCUAGAAUUUAGAUCUGUAGCAUGUGUUUCAGGGACAGGCCAACAACAUGGAAGUGUUUAUUGGAAGAAAGGAGCGAAAGAAAUAUUGAGAACUUUGAAAAGUGGGAAAUCCUUGCAUGAGCAACUCAAGGUAGGGCAUUUCUCCCCUUCCUGGGGGUCCUGUAUAAAGAUUUGUGUAAUACCUUCCUGUGGGGUGGGGUACGCCCUUGUAUAAACCACAUGGGUGGUUUUUGCACUGUUUUGGUCUUAAAACGGGUAUAGACUUUGUCCAUUUUGGUCUGGAAUCAGGUAUGGUUUUCGAGGAAACUAUGGGAGUGCAAUGAACGUAUUUACCUUGAAAACAUUUAGGCGAUUCCCAAGAAUUUUCACGAAACAAAAAAUUGUUACCAAUAGUUUCCCAUGAUCUCUGGGCACGGAACCGAAAAAAAAUUUUCCAUGGGAUUUAAAAUCCUAGGGCUUGCGGCUGUUGGUUGUAAUUGGUUGAUUUCUAUCUAUGUUGUUUAUUUCAAUUAUGAUUGACAACUAACUUUCUCGCAAUGUAUUGGUAUUUUCCCAUAAUCCGAUUGGCCAACUGUGUCUAGUUGGCCCUGGUUAUAGUAGUCGCACUGUAAUUUCUUGAAAAUGGAAAACUGUAGAUUUCAUACAUGUACAUGUAUGUUAGUUUGUUGUUAGUUGUGAUCAAGCCACGAUUAGGAAAAUGCAUAAUGCACUAUAUGCAACAUUAUUAUAGUUUACAUUUUACUUACUAUCUUUUUUUCUCAUUGACUGUGCAAUGAAUGAUUUCCAAGACCAACGUCAAAUUGUGUUCUGUGUGAUGAUUCAUUUUCAGUUUUUGUAAUAAUAAUUCAAAACAAUCAAGGUACCCUGCUGCUGCUAUGGUAGCCCAUACUUUUCUCUCAUUGCUGGACAAAGCAAAUGCUGUCUCUGUCAAGAAAGACCGUUGAGAUCCAGGAAUCUCGUGACCAUGGUAACAUGAUGUCACACUUCUCGUCUCUAUUAUUGGCAGGAAGUUUGCCUUUUGAGUGGCUUAUUAAUUUUAAGGAAGGUUCUUAUAUUAAUUUUAGAGUUUAUUCUCACUUCCCAAGUUAGUACUGUCAACUCCCUAAGAUGGACACCUUUAGACCAGAACUAUGUGUCCAUCUCAAAGAAAUAUCCAUCUUAUUGAGAGGCAGGGACCAGCUCUGGGUGUCCGUCUUAUAGAGGUGUCUGGUAAAAGAGAGUUGACUGUAUGAUGCUUCUAAUAAAACUGCAAUGACUGUCAUUAAAUUUGAAAUAGGAUUCUUUUGCUGUCAGUGAAUCACCAAUUUGGAUGGAUUCAAGUACAGGGACUCAGUGCCGAGCCCUAGAGGCUGCAGUAGGUGGGCCACAGAACCUGAGCAAUAUAACAGGAUCCAGGGCUUAUGAACGUUUCACAGGAAAUCAAAUUGCAAAAAUAUACCAGACAAAUUGUGAUGUAUACAAUACUUGUGAAAGAAUAUCCUUGGUUAGCAGCUUUGUAGCAAGUCUUUUGAUUGGUGACUAUGCACCUAUAGACUACAGUGAUGGAUCUGGUAUGAACCUAAUGAAUAUACACAGCAAAACUUGGGAAGAUAAAUGUCUUGAGGUUAGUUGUCUUUUUAUAAGAUUUUGGAGUAAUGGAUAAAUCUGGGACUGAAAAUUUAGUAGUGAUAUACUUAAAGCUUGCUCUGUGGACACCUGUUUAAUAAAUACACCUCAUUAUUACAGACAGUUUGCUUAGUCUCUUGGGAAAGAAAGCCCUUACAUUUUCUCUAAAUUCAACCUGCUUAACCCAUUCGCUCCUGAACUGCCUGUAACCACCCGUGCGGAUCCACGUCCUUUCUACCCUUUGUGACGUCAUCAGUUUUAACGGUCAAGGACAACUUUGUCCACUAACUUGUGCAGAGUGAAGAGAUCUUUCAAACCAUACCCAGAGAUGCUAACCUCUGGAGACCUAAAAACGGGAGACUGUCUUUUUUUCACUACCCCCCCGGAAUUUCAAUGACCCCCGGAAUUUCAAAUUGACCCCCUUAGGACAUUAUAAUAUUAAUGAUGUCUUACAUGAUGUACAUACUAUCAAAAUUCUAAAUCAUCGUUCUGAUGCUAGAAAUUAAUAAUCUUUGUCAAUGACUAAAUAUGUGCAAGAAUGCCCCAGAAACCAUACUGCGAAUAAGAAAAAUUCAAGUUUUGAGCUAAAAAUGGGCUAAAUCUCAAACUAAGUCUGUUUUAUUUUUCACUAAGUAUUCAAUAUUUAUAGUGGACGUAAAAAGCAGGAGAUUUAUGUACCAAAGCGGGAGAGCGGGAGACGAGGCAAAAAAGCGUAAGUCUCCCGCCAAAAGCGGGAGAGUUGGCAUCACUGCAUACCAGAAUGAGCAGAAUUCAGUCAAGGACACUGGAGAAAGAAGCAAAAAACCAUGUGACAUUGACCUGAAAAUCUCCAUGAAAAUCUUGUUCCAUUGCUCACCUACCUUUCCUUUCACCUAAUCCUAAGAUCCUAAAAGCUUUUCUAAAAACUCUUCCCAACAAAACGAAGCCUACUAAAUGCCCAGCAAGAGAAAAAAAAAUGAGGCAAGAAAAGCGAAAAAAGAGGGAGGAGAGAAAGCGAAAAGUAAAAGUCAAGACCGCUGUGUCACCCUUAAACCCAAAAACCAUCUCGAAAUGUUGCUUUCUGUGCAUGCCCAAACUUCGCAGCUGAUAUUUUGGAUAAGAAGGCCGCGAAGUGUACGACCUGUAAACUGGUUUGUGGUAAGUUUUAGCUCUUUAUAGCACGACAGGGACCAGAAAACCACUUGACUAGCUUCAAAAUGCGUUUUUUGGCAAAAUCUCCAGGAGCGAAUGGGUUAAUAUAGGACAGUCUUUCUACGACCCCCUCAGUGUCCAUAUUACCGGGGUGUGAAUCUAUAUUAGAGUCUUUUCAACGACACAUCAAUAUCAUUAUGAUAGUUAUGACAGUAACAAUUCUGUAGGGCACCAUUUUCUUUCAAGUGCAUGACCUUGGAAGGUUUUUGACUUAAUUCAUGCCAAUCAUAAUUUUUAUCUUUAAUUUUUGUAACUUGAGUACUGUAGUCAACAUCCACUUUCUAAUUUUGUUUUUUGUUGGGUGCCCUGUGAAUACUGGGGAUAGAAAGAGUCAACUGUAGUUCUAUAUGCUGGAUAAAUGUAGGUUUUGAAUAAGUGAACGUUUUUCAGUGAAUUUGCACUCUCCUUCAGUAUCUCUUAUGAUGAAUAGCAGUAAGGUCCUCCCAUUCUUUUGUUAUUGUGACAUAAGGCCUGGUUCUCAUAUGCCGCCGAUGCACCUGCAAGGUGGCCCCCAGUACUGCCUGGGAUAUUGCUCCAAUAAGAGAACAGAAGUGGCUGGCGACAUUGGUCAUCCCAGUCUUUACUGCCAGCAUGCCUGCGAAGUUGACUCAAGUUCUACUUCACGGGCAUGCUGGUGGUAAAGCUCUGCGAUGACUCUAGUGGCUGGCAGUACACGUUCUUAUUGGUUUGAGAAGUACCCCAGAUGGUACCGGUGGCUACAUCGCAGAUACAUCGGUAGCAUAUGAAAACCAGUUUGAAGUGCCUAGUGCAUCAUGAUUUUGUUACUUUUCUUGCAGGCAUGUGCUCCAGAUUUAAAAGAAAAGCUUGGUGAUCUUGUUCCCUCUUAUGAAAUAAUUGGAUCGGUAUCACAGUACAUGGUUGACCAGCAUGGGUUUAAUCCUAACUGCAAAGUUGUGGCAUUUACAGGUGAUAAUCCAGCUUCUUUGGCUGGGAUGAGACUCAAGGAAGGAGAUAUUGCUGUAAGUCUGGGCACUAGUGACACACUGAUGCUAUGUUUCAAGACUCCCAAGCCUGCUCUUGAGGGGCACAUAUUCGUCAAUCCAAUUGAAGGUACUACUUGUACCAUUUUGUUUCUUAUCUGAUAGCAGAUCAUCCUUGUUUUCACUUUUUACCUUUAUCUUUGAAGAAGUGGGUGGCAGCGCGCAAAGAAAGUAGUGUCUGAUAGCCUGGGGCUAGUGGAUUUUGCUAUUGGGCUAGUGAACUUUGUUCUUAACUUGCCUGACAGGCAAGUGAAGUUUUUUGAGGAACUCAAAUUACAGAAGAACUGUGAAAUCAUUUCUGCUCAUCAAAAUGUUUUUGGAGCUAGUUGAAAUGACGUUUGGGCUAGUAUAUUCUAUUUUCAGCUUGCCUGAAUGGCAAGCUUUAAAAAUGACUUUCUUUGCAUCCUGGGGUGAGGAGGGUGGUAAAAUGAGUGCACCAUUGACCUCAUGUUUGUUACUGAAAUGAUAACCAUUUCAAGAUACUGACGUAAUAAUUAUGAGAAUGAGUUUCCUUUUAAUACCUUUCAUAACAUUUGAAGAAGCCAAGGAAAUGGGGAAAGCCUUGGUUGACUAGAUUUUGGAGGAAAUAACUUUAUUGUCAGCCUCAGUAUCACAUUGGUGUCCCUUCUAUGUCUACUGUUAUUAAAACUAAGGCAGCCAGGUAAAUUUCUUAUCUUCCUAACCUCUUAAUAAUAUUUAUCAUAAUAAUUAGAGGCCAUGUUUAAUACUAUUGUUAUAUUUUAAUACUAGAAAAUGGCUACAUGGCCCUUCUUUGCUUCAAAAAUGGCUCCCUUACUAGAGAGUCCAUAAGGAACACAUCAGCUGAGGGCUCUUGGGAGGCCUUUGAAAAGGCUCUUAAAAGAACCAGUCCUGGUAAUGAUGGUAAAAUUGGUAUUUACUUUGAUGUAAUGGAAAUAACACCAUUUGCUGUGGGAACCCAUCGUUUUAAUGAAAAGGAUGAAAGAGUGGACUCAUUUGCAAAGGAUGUAGAAGUCAGAGCACUUAUUGAAGGACAGUUUAUGGCCAAGAGAGCUCAUGCAGAAUCCCUUGGGUACACGUUAGGUAAGGAAAAGCACUGGCAGAUGCAUACUGCUUCUUUUUGAAGCAGGCAACUCAUCAAUGCCUUUUUCUAUUUUACCCUGGCCUUUGAUCAUUACCAGAGUCAAGAAUAUAUUAUUUUAUUAAAAAGACUUGUUAUGACAUGCUAUGACAUCUUCCCAUGUUGUGUCAAGACUAUUGAAAUUACUAAAAAUAAAUGUAGGAAUUUCAUGAAAAUUUUAUUUUAUUUUUUGUAGGUCCAAGUACAAGCAUCCUUGCUACCGGAGGUGCGUCAUCAAAUCUGGGCAUACUUCAAGUGAUAGCUGAUGUGUUUAAUGCUCCAGUGUAUACUAUCAAAGACACUGCCAAUUCUGCAUGCCUAGGAUGUGCUUAUUGUGCUAAACACGGUUUAGAGAGGGCAGAGAGGGGAGCAUCUUUUAUGGGUGUGGUCCAGGCUGCACCUCCUUACAGUUUGGUGGCAGAACCACGUGGCAAUGCUCACAAAAUCUAUGAUCCAUUGACAGCUAGGUACAAGAAAUUGGAAGAAAGUAUUGUAGUUGAUAGCCAUCUACAAUCUAAGAAAGCUAAACUAGAAAGCUGAAAGUAUUUUUUAACCAAAUAAAUCUGGAUUAUCUAGUUUGUGCAAUUCAAUAACUUUCAAGGCAGAAAAAUAAUAUAUCUUGAUAAUGUACUCUCUGA